UGUCCGUCCUCCCUGUGUGACAGGUUGCUCAGGAACGUAUAAAGCCAGCCAGACUCCAAGGCUCAGCGCGGCUGCAGACACCUGGCACCAUGUGGCUGCUCGUGCCUCUGGCUUUCGCGGGAAAGAUGCUGAGCGCUUUCAGGAAGCAGCUGGGCUCUCUAUGGGGCAGCCUGCUGCCCCUGUGCCUCUGGCUCAGGGCAACGUUCGGCCUGGCAGGGAGUGACAGGGCACAGAGGCAACAGGACGGGAAGGGACCCGAGGGGACCAGACAGGAAGAGGAGGGGGCCAGCGGCGACCAACCCCUAACUCCCACCAGCGUCAACUAUCACUUCACCCGCCAGUGCAACUACAAGUGUGGCUUCUGCUUCCACACCGCGAAAACGUCCUUCGUGCUGCCCCUCGAGGAAGCCAAGAGGGGGCUGCUGCUGCUGAAGGAAGCCGGUAUGGAGAAGAUCAACUUUUCGGGCGGAGAACCUUUCCUUCACCAGCGAGGCGAAUACCUGGGCCAGCUGGUGAAAUUCUGCAAAGAGGAGCUUCGUCUGCCCAGCGUGAGCAUCGUCAGCAACGGGAGCCUGGUCCGCGAGCGCUGGUUCAAGAACUACGGCGCAUAUUUGGACAUCCUCGCCAUCUCCUGUGACAGCUUUGACGAGCAAGUCAACGUCCUUAUUGGCCGUGGUCAAGGGAAAAUAAACCACGUGGAGAACCUUCAGAAACUGAGGAAAUGGUGUCGCGAUUAUAGAGUGGCCUUCAAAAUCAACUCGGUCAUUAAUCGAUUCAACGUGGGAGAGGACAUGAAGGAGCCAAUUAAAGCGCUGAACCCCGUCCGCUGGAAGGUCUUCCAGUGCCUCAUAAUCGAGGGCGAGAAUGCUGGAGAAGGCGCCCUGAGGGAAGCAGAGAGGUUCGUCAUUAGCGACGAGGAGUUCAAAGCGUUUCUGGACCGCCACAGAGAGGUGUCCUGCCUGGUCCCCGAGUCCAACCAGAAGAUGAAAGAUUCCUACCUUAUUCUGGACGAAUACAUGCGCUUCCUAAACUGUAGGAACGGGCGGAAGGACCCCUCCAAGUCCAUCCUGGACAUCGGAGUGGAAGAAGCCAUAAAAUUCAGUGGAUUCGAUGAAAAGAUGUUUCUGAAGCGAGGGGGAAAGUAUGUGUGGAGCAAGGCGGACCUGAAGCUGGACUGGUGAGGUUGGCGGUGGGCCUCCCCGCGGACUCAGCGUGUGGCCGCCACCAGCUGUGACGCCUCCUGCCGGCACCCUCAGCGGCCCCAGAUAGGAUUUUCUGUUGCACAUGGUAUCUGAUUAUCUGUGGGGACACACAGAUGAUCGAAAUCCAUAACAAUGCAAAACCAUUAACUUUAGUUAAUCAGCCUAUUUUGAUAUUGGUUUUUUUGAGCUGUUUAUUGUGACUCCUGUUAUUUCCAUUUUGAAGUUAUGUUUUUCCAGUUUGUUCAUUGGAUAGUCAAUUCUUUUCUGCUAAAUAAUGAGGUAUCGAUUUUCACAUCUGAAAAAAGGCUGCAAAAUGUCUCUCCCGCUCAUUUCUGCUGCGGUAAUGCUCUGUCCCUUUCCGCCUUUAUUCCAUUGCAAUCCUGGCCCUUCCACCAGGAAAGUCAGAAGUUCAGAAAUAGUCGACAGGUGUUUCAAAAGAUAAGACAUGAUCAUCUUAGCAGGCUCCCGCAGGUGCCCAGGAGGAGACGGUCAGCCGCUGAUGCCAGGGCACGGCCCGCCCACGCUGACUGCCCCAGAGGGUCAGCUCUCCCUGUUUGCUCCCUCCUCUCCCAAGAUGCUUAGCAAAACUAAGACAGACCUUUCGUUUCAUGAUGAUGUCGACAAGGGGUCAGUGCUUGGGUCGCUGUGUGAAGCUGCUAUUCAAGUCACAUGAGUCCAUCAAGCAGCAGCAUGUGACUUGAUUCGAGUAGAUGGGGGUCCCCAUUAUCUCUGGACCGACUCUCUGAGCAGCCUUUAGGCACCACAGUGGCGAGAGUGGAGGUUGCGCCUGGAUUUGAUGUACGUGAAGCCGCGGCAUAAUCUCGUUUUCCCCAAUUAGCUCUGAUUCUCUUGAAAUAAGGUAUAAUCUGGGUUAGAAUGACAAGAUCCAGUGGUUUCUUUUCCAGCACUAAGGAAGUACUGAGGGGGAGGAAAAUUGUCACUUAAACUGGGUCAAGGAUCAGAAUCUUCUCCUUGUGGAUACAUCACAUGCAGUUUCUUUAUGUAACCUAGAUGUUGUCUUAUUGCCUGGAAAAUAAUAAUUUCCUGCCAUUGUUUUAAAAAAGCCAAAGCAUGGAAAAAUUUUUGCCCAAGCGAAAAAAAAGAGUAAUUUUAAUUCAACUGCCAUCCCACCGUCCAUCACUAGGUGGCGUCUAAAUGUUGCCUGAUGUCAUUAAAACACCAUCCAGAAAUUCUACUUUAUAAUUGACUGUUUUCAAGACUUGGUGAUUUUGAAAGUUUUGUUUUUGUAAUUUUUUUCUCCAAAAUAUAGUCCAAUUUCAAAUUUCAAGUCAUUAUAAUUCAACCAAAAUAUGUCGUUGUCCCAUUGAGUUGUCAUGUAUUUUCCAUUUUAUACAGAUUUUUUUUUAAAGAGAAAAAUGAAUUAGGAAGGUUUUUUCCCUUUACAGAUUUUGAUAGUAUCUAGUCUUUGAUGGUGUUAAUGUCAUCGGUAUAAACAUAAAACAUAUUUCUGACUUAACAUAGUAUAUUUUGCUGAUCUUCACAUCAGUCAAAAAGAGUAAGUUUAAAAAGAAACAUUAUAUACGUGAGAACACCACGAAGCUGUCUGAUGCCCAGCAAGUGCUCAGCUGGGAUUGUUUGAAGCAAAACCUGGGUCUGAGCCCAGAUUUUCUGAGUUAGGGUGAGUUUGUCUCAAGAUGAGGCAAACAAAAAAAGCUGCACUUAAGAAAUAAACUACAGUAUUUUAAAUACAUUUUCUAGCUCGUUUGAUAUUAUCCUCUCCUUUCGUUAUGUGCUAUCGGGAUUUGCGAAGCCUUAAUGUUUAAGAUAUUUAAAUGUUUGUUUUUCUUAAAGGGAAGGAACACAAACUUUUAGCAUUGCAGGAAAAUUCAAAUUUGGAUUAUACAAUGUUUUGCUUGAUUUUUUCAGUUUUAAAUGUGAGCCUUCAGUUUUAUUAAAUAUGUUCCUUUUUAUGGGGAAAACAAAAGACAAUUUCAUUGGGGUAUCUCGAUUUAUGUGUGUGAAGGACAAAUAUUUUGUGGCACCUUUAAUUAUUGCUUGUCUAUACUGUAGUAAUGUGAGUGGAAGUUUGUCUUAAGAAACCUAGAUUCAGCAGACAUUAGUAAUAGCAUACCGUUUUAAAAAUGUUAAUUUUCUCCGUUACUUAGUGAUAAGUGAUAUGAAAGUUGCCUGUUUUCUUCGAAAAGUGAAGACGAAUGAGGACGUACACCUGAAUCACCUGCAUUGUAGGCUCCUGUUCUAUUUCUGUCUGGAGUUUGGAAUCCGGUUGGUGGGUCCAUGGAGAGAAUCGCGAUGCUAACAUGAGUGAACAAAGUCACGAGAGGGCUCUAUCGGGAGAUGAUGCAUCGCGUAGGCUGCUCCCUUGCUGAAAUCACUGUUUAACCAGCUGUGCUUAGAGGGAGACAAAUCUCACUGUAAGGUUUUCGGGCUUCGUCUUGAGUGUGUAUAGGAGGUCUGAGUUUUUAGGGAAGUAUAUGUAUAUAUUUUUUCUCCAUCGUGUGAGGCUCUCGAAUGUCGGUCUGUUGUGUUGUAAGAUAUUGUAAUAUAUUAAAAUAUAUUUUGUACACUG